UGGGGUUUGACAGUUUGCUCUUAUAAAUCAAUGUUUAAUCACGCAUAUAUAUGACAUUUCAUUGAUUAGCGCGGAUGUGACUAGCUACUACUAACCACCACCCACAAGAGAAUCAUGGAAGAAAUCAAAUCAGAGCCUCUUGAUUUUGUGAAAGACUUCCAAGAGUAUCUGACACAGCAAACCCAGCAUGUCAACAUGAUCUCUGGUUCCGUGGGUGUUGACAGAGAAACAGAAUCUCCACCACAAACUGCUGCUACAGAGAGUGAGCAUAAUGGGCUGGACCAUCCUUCUGUGGAGGUGUCACUGGAUGACAGCUCAGGGUUACUUGCAGAUGAUUUUGAGAGGACCUACGAUGGCAAGCUAAAGUGCCGCUAUUGCAACUAUGCCAGCAAAGGCACAGCUCGGCUGAUAGAGCACAUGCGCAUCCAUACAGGAGAAAAGCCCCAUCGCUGCCACCUGUGCCCAUUUGCAUCAGCUUAUGAACGGCACUUAGAGGCCCACAUGCGCUCUCACACUGGGGAGAAGCCCUACAAGUGCGAGCUCUGCUCCUUCCGCUGCAGUGACCGCAGCAACCUGUCACACCACCGUCGCCGCCGCCACAAGCUGCUGCCCAUGAAGGGGCCGCGCUCCACACUUUCCAGUCGGAAGAUGCUCAGUGUCCUGCAGAAGAGGACCAGCUCCUUGGCCUACAGCAGGAGGCUCUUCAUCAACUUCAGUCCUCCAUCCAUGGUGGUGCAGAACCCGGAUUAUCCGAAUGACCUCUCACAUGAGCUACCCCACCUGCAUUCUAAUGCUUAUGAAGCACAUGCCGGCAAGGGUGCACGGCAUAUGAUGACGGACAACCCACUGAACCAAUUGUCAACAUUGGCAGGCCAGUUAGCCAGCCUACCUCCUGAAUGCCAGACCACUGUGUCUCCAGACAGGGAUGAGAAACCAUUUCUUAUCCAGCAGGCCUCUUGUACACCGGCUGAAGCGUCUGCAGGUGGAGCUCACACGUCUCCCCCCGGCUCAACAGAACCGCAGCCCCCAGCACGCAGGACCUACAGCCCAGUAGCAGGCCCCAGCAGUGAGCACAGCUCAGCUAGCAUUAGCAACAGCAUGCCUAGCACACCUGUCCCUGGCCUGCCACCACAGGACCCUCAGCUGCUUCACAGCUGCCAGUACUGCCAGACCUACUUUGCAGACAACAUCCUCUACACCAUCCACAUGGGCUGCCACAGCUAUGAGAAUCCGUUCCAGUGCAACAUCUGUGGCAGUAAGUGCAGUGAUAAGUAUGACUUUGCUUGCCAUUUUGCUCAGGGACAGCAUAAGCAGUAACUCUUCAAAAGUUCAAGCUAAAUAACAGUUCCUUUGUUUUGCCCACAUAUAGCAUAUUAUUUUGGCCGAAUAUGUACGCAAUUACUUGAUACUUAUAAGAAUACAUUACAUAUUUACUGUCAGAUUCAGUGACUGUUUAAAGAUGUGGAUGUAAUACAUGGCUUGGAGCUAAAAGAUUUCACUUUAAACGAGAAGUACAAGCAGACAGACGAGACAGUCCUUUUAUAGAGAAGUUUACCAUGUCAGAGACAUGUUUUGCCAUUACAACAGUACUAGGCCCUUAACUAAUAAAUUAGCUAGACGGACAAGGAGAACAUUUUAUGUUAAAUUGUUUAACUCUGCAACUCAAAAUCGUAACUUUUAUUCCUUUUACUUUGGCACUUUUAAAUACAUUUCAUGUACACUCUGUUGCACAUAAAUUCCCUGCUGCCAAUCACAUCUUCCCAAAAAGUCAUUUUGUCCUGACUGAAUUGUGCUGCUUGUUUUGUGCUGUUAGCUCCUUUAUUGUUCACUGGUUGAGAGAAUGCGGGCUAAAAACAUAUUUUGACAUGCCUGGAAUAUUUCACAUCCACCAUUCAAUUAAAACUUGAUCAUUCAAAGACCAAAGUGUUCUUUUUCUUUCAAAAUGUCUAAAGGAGAGUUGUACAUUAGGUCUGUAGAAGCUGUAGCAGUGUUUGUGUGGUCUGUAUAAUCUGUAAUGUAAGACUUACGUAAAGUAUUUUACAUUAUUUGCACACCAAGUGAGUGUUGUGUAAUCUUCCAUAUGUUUAUUGUAUGUGAAUAGGAAAGUUUGUAUCUCAAGAUACUGUAUGUUAUCUGGAAACUGUGAUGAGUAGACAUCAAGUGUCUUCUACCUUGAAAAGGCCUUUAUUGUCUUAUAUAAGUAACUAAAGUGUAUUCAUAUGUUUUAAGUAUUUAAAACAAAUUAGUGUUUUAUUUAGUUACAUUGGAUAAACCUUUUAGAUUUGUGUUUGUUCUGAUUUCAGAAUGAUGCCUUUAUACUGUUGUUGGUGCUGAUUCUUUUUAUCAUGUAGCAUUUAGACAGUUUGUGUUGGUCCACUGCUAUUGAUUACAGUACCAAUCUUUGAUCUGUUAGGUGUUCCCAUCAGAACACCUUCUAAUCUUUACAGGAAUCAAGUAUGUGAAUGUGACUUAAUACUUCAAUGGAUUUUGUUGCAAUUAUAUUCUUCUUCGACGUAGGUUGGACUGACUUAUCAAUGCAGUUGGUGUAACUGAGGAACUGCAUAAGCUUACCAGCAGCUUUAUGUUCACUCAGGAACAUCAGCAAUUUAAACCUCAAUUUACCUAAUAAUUAACCAUUUGUGAUGAACUAAUCUUACCUACUGUUUUUGUACAUUCUGAAUUAAAAAACUUUGCGAGGGGAAAAAGUCAAGUGUAUUCAU